CCUCAUCAAUCUCGCCUUGACAACAACAGCCUCGCAAUGGAAUCACCAGAGCUGGAUCGUAGAUCAGCCGAUCCUUCAGGUUCAAAGAAAGGUCCCAAUCCAAAUCGAGAUUAUAAACAACAUUUCCUUCGACAGAAACAACGAUAUGAUGCAGCAAGCUCGGAUCAAAUUGCUCGUAAUAGAGAGCUGAGUCGUGCAAGCCUUAAGCAAAUGAAGCUGCAAGAUGAGAUUGAAUUCCUACUUGAUGCAAUCGCUGGUGAGAAGCAUAGACGGAAGAAUAUAGCAAGGAGAAAUGACUCAUCAGCUGCUAAGAGUAAUAGCGUAGAUGCAGCAAUUGAAACAACAGAGAAAGAAGAUGUUAAACCGAUCAUUCAAGCAGUCGACCAUACUCCGAAACAGACUGAAGCACAACAAGUAGAUGAUGAGCUGGACGAUCUCAUGCAAGAGGAUACGACUGAAACGAAUUCAAGACGGCCUGAUAGACGAUCAGGCGGUCGACAAAGUAGGAUAUCAGUCACUGCUCCUGCUCCUAAUCCAGAAUCAGCUUCAGCCAGCGGCAGUGUCAAACGUAGAAGGGCAUCCUAUUCCGACACGGAUGAUGAGCUACUGGAAUCAGCAGGCCUCUCUUCUACCAAGCGAGCUCGCAAUGACUAAUAUGCUGUGAUCAAACUGUCUGUAAUUAUAUUUUCAAGUCCAUUGUACUAUUAUCUAGUCAGACCUUCUGGCUCCUUAAAACAUGUAUCAUUAUCGCUUUCUGAACACAAAGAACUAUUCGUCACACCUUAUAUCACAC